AGCGUUGUCCGUCUCUGAUCCCCUUCACAUUCUUCAAUCUGCACUCACUUUGCAGAUCAAGCCUCUCUGAACUGAGCUGCAAGGAACUCUCUGGCCCUCUUCAGCCUCCUCUUCUUUUUAGCUGAGCAAAGGUAAUACCUUGACCAAAUAGCUAUGGCCAACUCUUUCACCCGUAUGAUAACCGGUCGUAACACAGCAGUGUUGAUGGCCAUGGGAGCCGGCACACUGGCAACUACAUUUCUCCUCAAUGAUAACACUGCUGCAGCUGAAAGGAGAAGGUUCUAUCCCCCCAGUGCUGAUUACCCUGACCUGAGGAAGCACAACAACUGCAUGGCAGCAGCCUUGUCCCCAACCAUUUAUGCUCAUCUGAGGGACAAGGCAACUCCCAACAACUGGACCCUGGACCAGUGCAUCCAGACUGGGGUGGACAACCCCGGACACCCCUUCAUUAAGACUGUGGGCAUGGUGGCUGGGGAUGAGGAAAGCUACGAGGUGUUUGCUGAGCUCUUUGACCCCGUCAUUAAGGAUAGACACAAUGGAUAUGAUCCGCGCACAAUGAAGCACCCCACUGAUCUGGAGGCUUCCAAGAUCACCUCAGGAAUGUUUGAUGAGCGCUACGUGUUGUCAUCUCGUGUGCGCACCGGACGCAGCAUCCGUGGACUGAGCCUUCCACCUGCAUGCACGCGGUCCGAGCGCCGUGAAGUGGAGCGUGUGGUUGUCACCGCCCUCUCUGGCCUGAAAGGAGACCUGGCCGGUCGGUACUACAGCCUGGGAGAGAUGACUGACACAGAGCAACAGCAACUAAUUGAUGAGCACUUCCUGUUUGAUAAACCUGUAUCACCUUUGCUCACGGCAGCUGGGAUGGCCAGAGACUGGCCUGAUGCUCGUGGCAUCUGGCACAACAAUGGGAAGAACUUCUUGAUCUGGAUUAAUGAGGAGGACCACACAAGGAUCAUAUCGAUGGAAAAAGGAGGAAAUAUGAAGCGAGUGUUUGAGAGGUUCUGCAGAGGUCUAAAGCAGGUGGAGCAUCUUAUUCAAGAGAGAGGAUGGGAGUUCAUGUGGAACGAACGUCUGGGAUACAUCCUGACCUGUCCCUCCAACCUCGGCACGGGGCUCAGGGCUGGUGUGCAUAUUCGCCUGCCGCUUCUCAGCAAGGAUCCACGCUUUAAAAAGAUCCUGGAGAACUUAAGACUACAGAAGCGAGGCACAGGAGGAGUGGACACCGCUGCCACUGGAGACACCGUUGACAUCUCAAACCUCGACCGUCUGGGCAAGUCAGAGGUCGAGCUGGUACAGCUAGUGGUUGACGGUGUCAACUACCUCAUUGAGUGUGAAAAGAGGCUUGAAAGGGGUCAGGACAUCAAGAUCCCUUCUCCAAUUUCUCAGUUCAGGAAGUAAAGGUUUCCUCUCUUGGGAACAUUGAGGAAGAACGAUUGCUCCAGUGGCUCAUUGUUUAAUCUUCUGCUCUUAUAAGAUAUUCAUGACAUGUAUAACGCUGUAAAAACUUACAUGUAAAUUACAGCUAUUACUUGUACAUGGAUUCUGAUAAAAAUAAAAUUCUAAAAGUGAAA